AUGAGGCAUGCACUCUCCCUCAGUUUUUCAGGCUUCUUUUUAGACAAAUGUGACUCCAUACGCCAACGUUCCUCAGGGGAAAUUUUCAUCGGGGGACUUAUCACGAUCAUAGGUCGAGCCGUCGGCCUAGACUUCCCGGAUCCCGAGUACAUACCUGUCGACACCCCACCGAACUUCCUGCUAGAUUGUGACACUCUCAUCCGGAUGGAGAUGUUGCUCGAUCGGGAACCCGCACGUACAGUUGGUGUAUUCCCAGAAUUCGGUGAUGAUGAGGGUGACGACGCAGAGGAACAAGAGGAAGAAGAUGACGAAGAGGACGACGAGAUGCCCGAAGCUGAAGACCAUUUUGACCAACCCUCGAUGCAGCAGCCGAUGUUUCAGCAUGAUCAGUUCCAGGCCCCUCCACAUCAUUUUGACCAGCCGCAUCAGCAGGAGGGACACGAAGUCCCACCAUAUUUCCCCCCACGUUCUUUGACCAAUUUGCCACAAUGUUCUACGGUGCAGCGCAUCGACGCCCAAACGCAAGAGAAUUCGAGAGCCAUCCUAGAUGUGGCAAGCCGUGUUGAUCGAUUGGAGCAGUCCUCCUCUCACACUUCCCGCCAGCUCCAGGAUAUGUGGGACUACCACCAUCGCCACGGGCAUUUCCCGCCGCCCGACCCCCCGAUUUAG